UCUCCUUUAGGAAGGCGAAACUCAGUGUGCCUGGCCAUUCUUGGGCACUGAAGGUACCGUGGCACUGUUUGUGGGCCAUCUACUUUGCAGUGAUCGGACUCUUCAGCUGCUGUUCUCAAAUCCUUUUGCCGAGGAUGGACGAGAGACCAACCUGAAAAACAGUUCUUUUGCGGACUUCUUCAUUGCCUGCUAGAAUGUUUCUUAUGAAUGCCUCUCCUUUGAUAGCUCUGCAGACAAAAUGGGAGUCCUUUGGACAAUCAAGGAGCUGUAGAUACCCUGUUUGCUUCUCUGAAUCUGAAGAGGAUGUUACUAGAGCAUCUGUAAGUGCAAAAGUUCAGAUGAUCAUAAACAACCUGCAAAGUCAAGAGUCUUCCCUGGGUAUGAACAAUGAUUACGACUGUAUUACACAGAAAAAACGAAAGGGAGAAAAAAGGGGUAACAGACUUACAUCUACACAACAGCACACUAAAUAUUCCAAGCGAGGUUGCCCUGCUGAUUCUGAUGGCACAGAAGUGGAAGACAGUUCAGAGUUUGGGACCCUCCUGUUGCAGUCUGAUAGUGACGAUUCUGUUGAUCGAGACAUAGAGGAAGCCAUUCAAGAGUACUUGAAAAAGAAAAGCAAGAGUAUCCAGCCAUUGCCAAGCAAUGCAGAGUGUUCAGAUAGAACAGAUGGAGACAAGAGGGUCAAAAGGGAACUCUCACAGAACAAGGUGACUAGAAAUCUACUCCCUAUGAAAUUUAAAGCUGAAAUGGUGACUGAAGGCUUCAUUUCUGACCACGUGGGAAUUUGUGAAAAGCUACGGUCUGCUUCACCUCUGAGCAUCAGUAGUGAUGACUCUUUUGAACAGAGCAUACAUGCUGAAAUUGUACAGUUCUUGAAUGAAAAGAAACAGCAAGAAACUAAUAAGUGUGUAAUUGUGGAGGAUAAAAACCUAGAACAGAGAGAAACUCAAGUGAAAUCUAUGUUUAAAUGUAACAAAGAAUCAGCUACCAAAGCAAAUCGCAGUACUUUAAAGCAAGGAUGCAAAGCACUCCUCUUAAGGCACCAGCCCAAACUAAGGAAGACCAAUGUACAAUCUAAAUGUUUGAAGUCUAAAAUCAGUGAAGAGCCUAGUGACUUCAGUAGAGGAAACCAGGCACAUUUUAAAAUGACUGCUACUAGCCAACCCUGGGUUGUUGAGCAAAAUAAAGAAGGUGAAGGCAAGAGAAAUUUCUGCAAAACCGAAGGGGAACAAAUAAUUGAAAGCACACACUUAUCUGAUUCAAGUAGCGAUGAUGGUAUCGAAGAAGCCAUUCAGCUUUAUCAGCUGGAGAAAAUCAAGAAAGAGGCAAACCCUACAACAGACUUGCAAAAAGGUGUGGCAGACAUUUCGGCAAGCCUAACAAUUAGCUCAACAAAAUGUGCAUCGGCAGAAGACCAUAAAAAACCCUUAAGCAGCAAAAGGAGAGAGAUGAGUACAAAAUCUACACAAUUUAAAGGCACUGGCAAUGAAUUUAACAAACUGUUUAAGCCGUUGAAAAAAGCCAGAAGUUGUGCAUCUCCAGUAAACAAAAUUGCCAAAUGCGAGCUCACGUUGCAGGCUUCUUGCAGGGCAGACACGUCUGCAGAACUGAUGUGUGCGGAAGCCAUCCUUGACAUUUCCAAAACAAUCAUGCCACCCCAAAUGGGAAGUGAGGACAAAUCAUUUGCAGCAAACCCUUUCUUCUAUCCCCAAAGCAUGCCGUCCUCCCACUGUGAAAGUGACAGCAGCCCUGUGGAUAGCGAUGAUAGCAUAGAGCAAGAAAUCAGGGCUUUUUUGGCUCUCAAGGCACAGUCAGAAAGGCUUGUAACAAAACCUGAUAAUUUGUCCCACUCUGUGCAGAGGCCUUUGUCUUCUGAGCGUAACAGUGUAACUGGUGGCGUUGAACCUUCCCUCCCCAAAACACUGAAUUUAUCGUUGAGUCGUAAAAGGAGACUUAAAGGAGAAAGCAAAGUAGCAAAACAGAGCAUAGACAAUAAAACAGAAGGGAUGGAGAUGGGGUGUACCCAUGCAGGUUAUGGUAAUAGCGCCAAAAUGCCAGUUUUGCAAGAUGGGAGUGGCCUGAGCUGUCAUAGAAAAGCUUGUGAAGCUGGAAGGUCUGGUAACAAAGAAACAAGUCAGCAGCAGAUCUCUACAGAAUUUACUGGGCUUGUUGACAAGCACGUAGCUUUAGACUUCGCAAACAGCUUGAUGCAGGUUCAGAGUAACACAAGAGAACUGAUAAAAAAUACAGUCCAGGCUCAAGAGAGAGAUGGUACAGAUGACAAGAGCAGUUCUCUGGACAGUGAUGAAGAUCUGGAUAGCGCUAUCAAAGACCUCUUAAGGUCCAAGAGGAAACUAAAGAAAAAGUCCAAAGACCAAAAAAUCCAAUGCAAGAAGAAAGUCAGAUUUGGUGACACAGAAACCCAGCUUUUGGAUGAACUCAGUAGCCUCCAGCAAAAGGACUGGAAAUGCCAAAGUUCUAUUCUGCUAAAAAGCUGCCUCUCAAAAUCACGUAAAGAUACUAAGGAAAAUACAGUUAGAAGCCCCCAGAACAAUGUAAAUGGCAGGCUCUCAAAGGGAAGAACAGAAAGCAUAAAGGACUUACCGUUUGCCUUGCAGUUUAAAGAAGAAUGUAAACCUAAACCAGUUUGCAACGAGAAUAACCUGGAGGCAGCUAAAAAUAAAAGAUGUUCUUUGACUGCUACUUCAGCAACAGAUGACAGCAGCUCUGUGGAUAGCGACGACAGCAUCGAACAAGAAAUUAGGAAAUUUUUGGCAGAAAAGGCUAAAGACUCUGCAAGCAGUAUGGAAAUACGGAGGGAUAACUUAACUGCUGACUCAUUGAGAGUUACCAAACCACGUGCAAAUAAAGGAAAAGCAAAGCAUCAGCUAAUUGAAAAUGAGACUAACAUGUUAUCAGGUCAGAGUAAAAAAACUAAAAAGGUAUCUCAUCAAACAGAUGAAUUGAAAAGCUCUCGGAGAACUGUAGGAGAAAGUGCAGUAAUGCAUGAUGGUGGGAAAAGUGCAUCCUACGCAGAGAACGUGUACCUCCAUACUACUCUAGAGUUGAAGGCUGAGCAAGGGACAGUAUGGACUAAAGGUUUAGCUGCUGGUGCUUUGUCUGUAAAAGGAAAUUCAUUAAGUAAAAAGAGUACUAUAGAGCCUAAGCAGAAAAGCCUUUCAUCUACACACAGCAAAGGUGAUGGGUGUAAAUUGCAAAAAUACUUUAAUGCUAAGUCUAAUUCCAAAAGAAAUAGCACCUUUCAGUUAAAAAUUUCAAGCAAAUUUAUAGCUGGUCUAAAGUAUGCUCGCGAUAGAAAGAAAUCUGUGCUUUUAAACAAAAGGCAAAAUGUAGAACUUUCACUUCCCCAUAGCAGCACAUUAAGGACUGAGGUAGCUCUCCCGAAUGUUUGUGCACUUGAACAAAAAAGUGGAGCCUUGGUGCAAAAUGGGGACCUUGGUGGAGAGGGAAAGACGGGAAUAAAAGAAGCCAAUUUUACUCAGAGCCUCAUAAUAGAGGAGACAAGUCUCCGUAUAGCAGAAACCUGUGAAAAACUGGAGGCUGCUCCUUUGCAUGUUAAAACUGAAGCAGAUGAUUACAGAAAGGAUAACACCUUGGGAGACAAACAGAUGUAUUGCAGCUCAGAUUCAAAUCCAGAUCCCCAAUUGCAGGAACCCAUCAUGACAGCAGUAAAUGGUGACAGAGUUAGCGUAGGAACAUUUAUUUUUGAGAGCCAAAACACGUACACUAAGGAAGAGGAAGGAGAGAGCCAGCAAGACAGCAGCAGGCAGGAAGAAAUUAAUGUACCCAACUCUAGUUUGGAAGGGAAAAUGUUAGCCCAGCAAAGUAGAGAAGCUGAUUGUAAAGAGGACCAUGUUCAGGAAACUUUAGACAGAAGUUCAGCAGAAUUUAGUGACCUAGCUGUAGAGGAAUGCACAAGUUCCCUGGUGAAAAGCGAGGUGUCAGAUUUUUCUUUAAGAACCUCUAUUGAUCCUGGAUUGACAAUACAACCUUAUAUAACUUUAUCUCCAACACAGCUAUGUAAAAAUCUUACUUUAAAAAUCCAGAAUGGAAGGAGAGAAUUCCAGGCAAAGAAUUGGAAACAAUGGAGGAAAUGAAGACAUGCCCUGAAGUCCUAGAAGAGAAGUGGUAAAUGAGAAAGCAGAGGGCUGAUUUUUUUUUCUAAAUUACUUCGGUUUUUCUUUGGAAGCCAUGUGAUAGAUAUUGAAAAUAUAAACCCUUUGGGUGAAUUUCAGCCCUUGCUUUAUUAUACUUGUUCAACCGCAUUGACAGGUUAUAAAUGAAGGCAGAAUUCUGCUCGGUAUUUCUGUAUUUGAGAUCACCAAAUAUUGUGUGGUGUAAUAGUGGAACUACACCAUGGGCCUCCUCCAAAAGUCUUUGGGAACUACAAUAGGUUUUAGAUCAGGCACCAUAUAUUUGUAUUUGUUUAUUCUGUGUUCAUGCCUUUAUUAGACUUACUAUUCAGUUUCAUUAUUGAUCUUGUUAACUAGUAAAGUAACCUUGCCUUUCUUGCAUUUUUGAAAACUUCGCCCUGUCAUGCUUGAUCCAUUUGGUUUUAUAAGACAGUAUAAAAAUGAUCCAUGUCAGACUGAAGUUUUCUUAAGAAAAUGUUAUGAAAAAUAUAGGUUGCAGUAUUACCUGGACACAUCUCAUCUAUUAUACCAAAUAUUAUUUUCAGCCAGCUGCUGGAAAUUUUUCAUAGCUUUUAGUUAUAUAUUACCAGUGUGUUGCACUGUUAAACUAGGAUAGUGUCUCCUCCAUAAACAAAGUUCUUGAGACCUAUAAGUGGAAAUACAUUGCACAGUUAGAACUGCAGUGGAGUGUGAGUUAUAUAAAAUGACACAGUUUCAUUGGUUGUAUAACUGCAUUUGUUGCAAUAAAACUUUAGAAAAUAUUUCUCUAGGAUUCAUUGCCCUUGUUUGAAUAAUUCAUUAAGAAAUUAUAGUCUUGAGACAGGAAGGAAUAACAAAUGUUCUACAACAAAUUAGUUAACAAUACUAUUUAAAGGGUUAAUAUCUUUGGGAAAACAUGGAUCUUGAGAUAUCCUGGUCAGAUUCUAAACAACAUAGAAACAAAGAUUCAAAAAUUCAUUCAUCCUUUAGUACCAUGCAGUACAUGAGCCAAGAGUUGAAAGGAUCACUUGUGAUUGAAGAAAAGCCUAUUAAGUAUAUGUAGAUCUUUGUUGUAAGCUAUGUUAACUGAACUACCACUUAAUUAUAAGUAACUAUAUGUUGACUGGAAGGGGUUUAGCAAGGAUU